AUGGGCUGCGACAGUUCGGACCAAAGCCAGUCUUUACCCGGACACAGAUCUGAAUCAAAGGUUGUGGGUGGUCAGAAAAGGGCCAUUGCUGAAGUUGAAGAAACAUCAGUUAGUUGUCAGAAAAGAAUGAAAAUGCGUGACCUUGAAUCUGUUUUUCGCUCUGAAGCCCAAGCAGAGAAGGGAGGAAGCAAAACAGCCCAUCCCGACACGUGCUCGAAUUCAAGAGAGCUCGAUCUUAACCUUAACGUUGAUUCUGUUAAUUGUGCUACUACCGAUGUCAAUCCAAAGGCGAGACCUUUCCAUUUAGACCUUAAUAAUACUGUGGACAUCUUGAGCUCGGCAAAAGAUCCUUUCUUUCCUUACAACAAAAGCAACCAAAACUCAAACUCGAUGAAACUUUGGAAAGGGCUGAAACAAAACAAUUACAUGUCUCCCUAUCACAAUAUCGUGCCAGCUUCAUUACCGAAGCCUCGGGGGAAAAAGAAGCUCAAUAAUAAUGAAGUGAUGAAGAAAAAAAAGAUCGAGCAGGCAAAAAAGGAGCAGGUGGAUAGGUUUGCACGGGUAGCUGCUCCAAGUGGUUUGCUCAACGGUCUGAAUCCGGGGAUUAUUAAUCAUGUGAGGAAUAGCAAGCAGGUUCAUUCUAUCAUAGAAGCUCUGGUGAGGUCAGAGAAAAGGGAAAAUAGGCAGAUAAAUGAUUAUGGCUUGUUCACGAUUCAAGAUAGUGAGGUAUUAUUAGGAAGAGAUAGGGAUUAUUCAUUUGGGAGGACUUUUGCGCCUUCUCAAAAUGAGGACGAUAAACUUGCGCUAAAGCUUUCAUCAUCUGUGGUGGUUGCUUCAGAGAAUAACAGUUGCUUGUCGAAUGACGAGUCGGCAAAUCUUGGCAGCAUUAAUUCGCUUUCUUAUAAAGCGGCUAAUGUAGCUUCUCAAUGGCUGGAAAUUCUAAAUCAAGAUAUUAAGGGACGUGUUGCUGCACUUAGACGGAGUAAGAGAAGAGUUCGUGCAGCGAUAACCACAGAAUUACCCCUCCUAUUGUCAAGAGAGUUUUCGCCUAACGUUCGCCAUUUUGACCAAGCAAUCAUCGAUGCACACUCGUUUAGAUGGCGCUCGAUUUUCGAGCAGAUGGAGAAUACACUUUCUGAAGAAGAGAACCAGCUGGAGAGUUGGCUGAAUCAAGUGAAGGAAAUGCAGUUGCACUGUGAAAAGGGUAUCUAUAAGAACAGCCUGUACCAUGUUCCGGAGCAGGCGGGCCCAGUAGGAAACGAAAGCAGCUCGGAGGGCGAAGAUAAAUUAGAGAAGGAUUUAGCAAUGAGGGCUGCAGCUGCUUCAAUAUAUUCGACUUGCAACUUCUUGUUGGCAAUGGAAAACUGCUAA